AUGACCAAUACCUACACCUCUGCCAGGGGUCGCCAGGACAAGGAUGCUCCAAAGAAGGGUAUUGCGCGAAGGGUCAUCAAGAAGCACCAGCCUGUGAAUGACGCCGACUACAACGUCGACCCGCACACGCUCCUAUCUCGCCCGAUAUCCAGGGCAGAGUACGAGAAGCUUUCCCUCCCGAAGCUCGAGAUCCUGUGCAAACGUGACGAAGUUCGGCAUCAACGACGGUGUAUCUUCACCGCGAAGCAAAUCAUCGACUUCUUGAUCACUCUCGACCAGCACGGCCUGGUUAGUGACCGAGACUUCCACGAUGAUGAUAGCGAUAGCAAUAGUAACAAUGAGGUGCCUACGCCGACCAAGCCUGCCCAUCUAAGACAACAAGCCCAGACAGCGUCUACAGUAUCCCAUCAGCCCCAGAACAACGACAGAAAGCGGAAGAGACAGUCUAAAGACGACGAUGAGUCCGAGCGCCGUGUCAAGAAGGUAUCGCGACGCUACGACGAGACGGUACCACCUCGUAUUGGACCCCCUCUUGCCCGAAGGCACGGUGCUGUAGCCCCCGUCCAAGGUUCAGAACAUGUCGAAAAGAUUGACGUUCAAGAUGUCGUCACGAUGGAGGCUAGUCCGAAGCUUAUCCAUGAGAUGGGCGUCUAUGACUUGGUGCUGGCAUUCCGACAGAAGGCGAUGAGCGACAAGUACGAUGGUCAAUUUUGGCAGUGUUUGUUCAAUUUCCUUUACGAGCUACGCCCAGUGGACGGCGAGCUCGAUAUUAGGAAUAUACGCCGUGUCAUACAUCUAAGGGACAAGUUCUUGCAAAGGAUAGUAGAAGACCGCUGCAAGGCGUUAAUGGGAUUGUCCCUGAAGACUCAUUGGGACAGUGAAGACAAUGACGACAAACUGAUCGCGAUGGGUGCUCAGCAGCUAUUAAGGAUGAUAUAUCAGAGAAUCGAGGCCGGGAGUCUUGCGCCUGAGAGCACAGAUCUGCCCCCGCCAAAUAAAUUUAGCACGGAAAGGAAAGACAUACUCGUUGAGCAUUGGAGGUGGCAGGGACAGACGACGAAAGAAGCGUUAGACAGGCAGAAACUGUUACAAGAACGUCUGGUGGCGCAUCAACAAGAACAAGCAGAGCUUGAGCAACAGAAAAAGCUCGAAGAGGAGACGCGCUUGAAAGAGAAAAAGGAACGGAAGAGAAGUAGGGAAGAGGAGAGAAAGCUCGAAGAGAAGAGGCGUGAUACACAUGCAAAGAAACUUCGAGGGGAGCUGGACCAAGCUGAACAGCUUAAGCGAGUAAAAGCGAUUGAUCGAGCAGAAGAGCUCAAACGAGCUGAAGAGCAGAAGCGAGUAGUGGAAGAACUUAAACAAGUAGAAAAGCUUGAACGGGCAGAAGAUCUGCAAAUAGCAGAAGAGUUGAAACGAGAAGAAGAGCUGGAGCGUGCUAGAAAGCUGAAGCUCCAACAAGAGUCAGAGCCACAGGCGGUAGUUAACGUUGCUGCUGCAGCUACUGCGUCCGCUUCACUGAGCCCUAGUAAGAGAAUUAAGCAACAGCUGGAGCAGGCGAAGUUGAAGGCGGAGAAGUUGAGACUUUGCCUGGACGAAGAGAGACGUGUUAAAGAGCAGAGUACAAAAGAGGCGAGCCAUCGGCCCGACGACGCUUCUCUGAACCCUUCGAGUAAACGUAAGCGCGGCAAUGACGAGCCGCCAGCACAGAAUGAUGGACCAUCACGCAAGAGGCAGCUGCGUAGAACCGAGCGUAAAGGAGUGUACAGCAUCCGGUGA